AUGUGCAGUAAUCGAACGAGAAAAAUAUUACAGCUUCUGCAGCCGAUUCCAGAUGAGUCGCUAACCACAGACGAGCAGUUAAAUUCACAAACUUUAAGACUGGUUUCAAUUGAAACAGUAAUUAGAGAAGAGCGCUGUUCGUCACCUUUAACAAAAGAACAGCUGCAAUUUUUUGAAAACCAUGCAAAUGAAGAAAACUUCCAAUAUUGCUUGAGAGAACUAUCACGAGAGUCGCCAGUAAGCAUGUUAAGCCGAGAAGAUAGUCCUUCUGUUUUGCACUCCCGAGAAAGUAGCCAUUCUCUUUUGAAUUCACAAGAAAAUGACCCGUACGAGACAGAUGCAGACUCAAGUAGCAACUGGUCACCCUCCCCGCGCGUCCGAAAAAAUCCUCGAUUGACUGUUAUAAGUUCAACAUCAGAUUCGUCUGAAUCUAAUGUCGAUGAAAACGUAAACAACAAGAGAAAAUCAAGAAAACGUUUACGUGAUCAAAAAAACUGGAAACGUGAAAUAGCGAAAACAAAAAGAUUAGCGGGAGAAAGCAAUGAUACUUGCGACACUUGUGAUAAGUUCAUAUCAUUAUUGAAGCACGAAACUAAUCCCGAAGAAAGAGAAAAAAUAGAGAAGCAAAGAAAAGAACAUAUUGAAGAUGCUGAUAAGAGUGAUGACCAAAUAAGCGCCUACAUAGCUUACUUAGUUGGAAAUGAGUCAGAAGAUGGUGCGGAAGAGGAUGAAAGCGAGGAAAAUGAUGAGGAGGUGCAAACUUACAGGGACCGAGCGGAUCAGCUACGGAUUCUUGAAGAUGAACGAGAAGAAGAUGAAGAAAGUCCUACCCUGGAACAAGAAAGUUCAGGUCCAGAUCCCGCUGAAAAGGAUCCUACUCUAUUGGAAGACCCACAACCUGAGCAGAAACCUGGUGUUCACAGUGUGCAAGCUCGGCGUCAAGAAAUGAGGAAAUUAUUGUGGAAAAAGCAGAAUAUGUGGACGACUGAAGAUGAUGUGGCUUUUUUGGGCAGUUUAGAUUAUGUGAAAGGCGGCUCUACUACAAAUUUGAAAAAGCAUCUCAUGAAGAAACACAGAUCAUCUUAUGAAACCAUCAUUCCAUGCUCUAUGUCAGAUGAAGCAGUUCUGGAAGCUCCUAUACCAUCAACUUCAGCAAGUACAGAAUCUACUAAUCCUGUAAUUAAAAAAAGUGAAACCAUUUCGCAGCAGACUAAGUUAAGUGCCUUUAUUAAACGUCCAGUAGGUGUAGUAAGAGAAAAAAAAAUUAAUGAUUUAAUUUUUAAAAUGAUAGUUAAAGACCUUCAGCCUUUUUCUGUAAUUGAAGACGCGGGUUUUAAAGAUCUUAUAAAUUACUUAGAACCAGUGCAAACCAACCGACUGCCAAAUAAUAAGUUACCAAAUCCAAAAUUAUACAUGAAGAAAACUAUAGCAAGAGGAUCGUAUGAAGAACACAUGACAACUUACGAUGGAACAGAUGUAUCCGUUACCAUGUGGAAAGACCACAAAGUGACAAUGGGACGAAUAAAAGGAGCACGUUACCAGUGCAUUACUAAAAGAAAAAAAAAUAAGACAGGAUUGGCAUAUGCUAGACAAAUUCUUGCAAAACGUAAUUCUAAUACGAAUUCGUCUUUAGAACACAAUAAGGAAGAUAAUGGUAUGAAGUUAAUAAAUACUUAUAAAAAUUCAGUAGUUCCAAAUGUUGAAGAAGUACAAUCAGACAUGAUAAAUACAUGUCAGGAAAUAACAAAUGCAUUAGGCGUCAACCAUAGCGCUGUUUCGGAUAUAAUCAGUAUUGGAUGUGGCCGAGCAAACCUAAACGAACUAGCAGCUUCUAUUAAUUUGCCUCUUAUUAGCAAAUGUACCUACCACAAAUGUCAUGACGACUUGUAUAACUGGUGGAAGACCACAGCUGAAUCUUCCAUGAUUGAAGCCGGUAAGGAUGAAGCUAAUAUGGCUUUGGAAAAAGGGAGUGUGAGUCCUUCAGGCAUACCUUCCAUAUCGGUGACAGCUGAUGGUGCAUGGGGUAAAAGAUCACAUAAAACAAAAUUUACAUCCGCAACAAGUGUAGCAGCAAUAAUAAGUCUAAACACAGGCAAAAUACUACACGUUGGCAUAGAAAAUAAAUAUUGUACCAUGUGUUCUCGUGCAGCCCACAAAAAUAAAACACCUCCAGAUCAUCAGUGCAAUGCAACCCACACAGGCUCUUCAGCAAGUAUGGAGAAGUCAAUUAUAGUUGAGUGA